AUGUAUAACACACAUCGCGGGAUGGUUCCUGCUCCCAACUCCCGUCUGACGGAGUUGCUGGAUCAGCUGCGCCAGGAAUUUGAGAACCAGUCCAGAAGUACUGGCGAGUUCGAGCACCAAUUAACUGGCCAGCUGCAGGAGAUGGAAAUGAUUCGACAGAAAGUCUAUCAGUUGGAACAGGCCCAGAUCAAAAUGAAACAAGAUUACGAAGCCGAAAUUCGAGUUUUGCGACAUGAGCUUGAAUCGCGCGGUGUCCAGCCCGUCUCGUCUCAUAUUGCUGGCCCUGCGCAGCACACUGGUCCUUCUCAGGCCCCUCCACCAGCUCUGGGCCAUGGUCCUAGCAACUUGUUCGGUGGUAUCAUGACCAACCAAGGAGGUAGUGGUCCCGGUCUUGCCCCUCCCCCACCCCAGGAUCAGCAGCCUCCCCAGCAUACCCUUCAACAGCCUGCUCCCGCGGCUCAGCAGUCAGCGCCGCAACCGCCGCAGAGCUCUUUUGGAGGAUAUCAACCUGGUGCUGCUGUGAACGGCUACGGACCUGCACCACCUCCGACCGCAUCUCCUGGCCCAGGAAAGAGGCCCCGCGCUCCACCGGGACCGGCCACUCCUCAACAGUCUCAUCAACUCGCAUAUCCCGACCCACGAGUCUCCCCUCAGAUUGCUCGCCCUACCCCUCCCAGCCAGGCUCUCGUUACGGCUCGUGGUGAACGCCCGGGGAACAUGCUGGCCAACUGGAAUCCCGACGAUCUGCCCGCUUCGCAGAAACGUGAAGGCGCUGACUGGUACGCAAUCUUCAACCCGGAAGUUCAGCGUGUGCUCGAUGUGGAUCUUGUCCAUCAUCUGGUCCAUGACAGCGUUGUCUGCUGCGUUCGCUUCAGCCGGGAUGGCAAGUAUCUUGCUACUGGCUGCAACCGCUCUGCUCAGAUUUUCGACGUGAAUACGGGUCAAAUUGUGGCCACUCUGCAAGACGAAAGCGUGGAUAAGGAUGGCGAUCUUUACAUUCGCAGUGUUUGCUUCAGCCCUGAUGGCAAGUACCUUGCAACCGGUGCCGAAGAUAAGCAGAUCAGGGUCUGGGAUAUUGCCGCUCGAACCAUAAAGCACAUCUUCACCGGACACGAGCAAGACAUCUACUCACUCGAUUUUGCUGGUAACGGUCGCUACAUUGCUUCGGGCAGUGGCGACAAAACGGUGCGUCUCUGGGAUAUUCUCGACGGCAAACUUGUCUACACUCUCAGCAUCGAGGAUGGAGUGACCGCCGUUGCUAUGUCACCAGAUGGCCAUUAUGUUGCCGCCGGAUCCCUGGACAAGAGUGUCCGCGUUUGGGACACUACAACCGGAUACCUCGUGGAACGUCUGGAGAGUCCUGAUGGUCACAAGGACAGCGUUUACUCCGUUGCAUUUGCUCCUAACGGCCGGGAUCUUGUUAGCGGUAGUCUUGACAAGACGAUCAAGCUCUGGGAAUUGAACGUCCCUCGGGGCGCUUACCCCGGCGGCUCGGUAAAGGGUGGUAAAUGCGUGCGUACUUUCGAGGGUCAUAAGGACUUCGUUCUCAGCGUCUGUCUUACGCCUGAUGGACACUGGGUAAUGAGCGGUUCCAAGGACCGCGGUGUUCAAUUCUGGGACCCUAUCACUGGGAAUGCACAGAUGAUGCUGCAGGGCCACAAGAAUUCCGUUAUUUCGGUCGCUCCCAGCCCUACAGGCAAUUUGUUCGCUACUGGUAGUGGUGAUAUGCGUGCAAGAAUCUGGAGAUACUCCACCUAUACCGGACGGUAA